AAUGCCAGGGGCUUUGUCUCUGCACAGUGUCCGUGUCUGCUACAUGCCUCUGCCCGUUUAAACGGAACUGCCCCUUUAACCGCGUGUCCGUACUGCUCAUGCUCGGGGCUUUGUGCAGGAGUUUCCCCGUGACAGACCAGCUGUGGACCGGAGAGCGCUAGCAGACAGAGCAGAGAGCAGCGGCGCUCCGGCAGAGCUGCGGCUGUCGCAUCCUGUGAUAACAAACCCGGGCAGAGGGCACGUCUUUGUCUGGGAGCACAUCCAACAACCGGCAGGAGAGCAGCGCGCGGCGAUCAUCGUGGGCUCCGUGGUUUUAUUCUAACCUCGGAGAUUACGGUCUUUGACGCUGAGGCAGCAUCAUCCGGUCACGGUGUUUACAUCGGAACCUUGACCACAGUGGAAGUUAUCUGGGAGACUUGUGGGGACGCGCCGCAGAGCGCGUAACGGGGCUUUCUGUUUGUGCAGCUCGGAGCGGAUGGCUCCGAUAGAGAUCGCGUAUACAGUGUUUUUAAGGUCGAAACUGUUUCCAUCAAAGUUUCAUCUCUUUGUCCCGUCCCGCAGCCUCCUCCACACCGCUCGGCAUGUCCUCAUAGUGCGUAAUUAUUGUUUACCCGAGCCCUUUCUUCUGGCGUCACAGGUAGGCUACCCCAGCCUGUAUCCACACCGCCGCUGAUGCCAACACAUCACCUCAUAGCGUAAGGUGACAGUUUCAUUUUCUGAUCCGGGGCUGCAGCCUCUCUCACACACACGCACACACACACUCCGCGUCCAUCAUGGAUGAUGUUGGAGGGAUGCAGCUAUGCACCCGGAGCAAGUCGUCCAAAAGGAGCGCACGGGACGUCUUGAAAACAUACCUGGGAGUAUUUGUGAUGCUUCAUCUCGUGCUCCACACGGAAGCCUCCUCGGUGUCCAAGUCCUGCGAUAAGAGCUGCUUUUCAGGGAAGUGCAUGAACGGGACCUGCGUGUGUGACCACGGGUGGGUCGGGGAUCAGUGCCAGCACUGCCAGGGAAGAUUCAAGUUAACAGACCUGACAGGCUCCCUCACAGAUGGACCAGUGAACUAUAAGUACAAGACCAAAUGCACUUGGCUAAUAGAAGGAUACCCUAAUGCAGUACUCAGGCUGCGCUUCAAUCACUUUGCCACGGAGUGCAGCUGGGACCACAUGUACGUCUAUGAUGGAGACUCCAUUUAUGCUCCUUUGAUUGCUGUCUUCAGUGGUCUGGUAGUGCCAGAGACCAGAGGUAAUGAGACGGUCCCGGAGGUGGUGACGACGUCCGGCUACGCCCUGCUUCACUUCUUCAGCGAUGCUGCGUACAACCUGACCGGCUUCAGCAUCGCCUACUCAAUAAACUCUUGUCCCAACAACUGUUCGGGCCACGGCAGAUGCAGCACGACGAACUCCGUCUCAGGCCGGGUCUACUGCGAGUGUGAGGAGUACUGGAAAGGAGAUGCCUGCGACAUCCCAUACUGCAGGGAUAACUGUGGCAGCCCGGGCCACGGCUACUGUGACCUGACCGGAGAGAAGCUCUGCGUCUGCAACGACAGCUGGCAAGGUCCAGACUGCUCUCUGUCCGUCCCCUCCACUGAGGCCUUCUGGGUGCUGCCGAGCGUCAAACCGUCGGCUCAGUCUCUGGGCCGGGCGUCCCAUCAGGCUCUGGUGCACUCUGAGCUGAUGUGGGUGGUGGGAGGUUACUCCUUCAACUACUCCAACUACCACAUGGUCCUCAACUACAACCUAGAGAGCAGUACGUGGGAUGUGGUGCCCGUCAGCAGCGGCCCUCUCUACAGAUACGGUCACUCUCUGGCUCUGUACCAGGACGACCUCUACAUGUUUGGCGGGAAGCUGGAGGCAAAAUCUGUGAACGUGACUGACGAGCUGUGGGUGUUCAACAUCCCCAGGCGCACCUGGUCGCCACGCAAACCAGCCCCGCCUCCUCCCUACGCCCUGGAGGGGCACACCGCUCACGUGGUGGAGCUGGCCGAUGGCGAGCCGGUGAUGCUGAUCUUCUUUGGCUACUCGCCAAUCUACAGCUACAUCAACAAAGUCCAGGAGUACAACAUCAGGACGAACUCGUGGCAGGUCGUGUCUGCUGAGGGCGCCGUGGUCCAGGGAGGUUACGGCCACAGCAGUGUGUAUGACGAGGCCAGCGGCUGCGUGUUCAUCCACGGUGGAUACAAGGCGCUGAGCAACAACAAAUACGGCCUGGUGGACCACAUGUACCGAUACCACGUCCACACAAGAACAUGGUUGAUCCUCGGGGAGAGCGGCAUAGCGCGGUACCUCCACUCUGCGGUGCUCCUGAGCGGCACAGUGCUGGUGUUUGGGGGUAACACUCACAAUGACACAUCGCUAAGCAACGGGGCCAAGUGCUUCUCUGCUGACUUCCUGGCGUAUGAUAUCGCCUGUGACGAAUGGACCGUCCUCCCCAGACCAGGCCUGCACCGGGACACCAACCGCUUCGGACAUUCUGCCGUAGUUAGCAAUGGCUCCAUGUACAUCUUUGGAGGAUUCUCGGGCCUCCUUCUGAACGACGUGUUGGCCUACACCCCUCCAUCCUGCCAGGCCUUUUCUACCCCAGCUUCCUGUGCUGCUGCUGGACCAGGCGUUCGCUGCCAUUGGGUCAAAAAUGGAUGUGUCCCCUGGGAGCCGAAAGCAGCCGAGAACAUUUUUCCUGCUCCUUUUUGCCCUGCGCGACCUAACAGUACAGACGAGCAGUGUUUCCGGUUCUCAGACUGUGCGAGCUGCACCGCCAACACACGGGGCUGCCAGUGGUGCGAGGACAGGAAGUGUAUAUCUGCAUCCAGUAACUGCACUGUGCUGACUCUGGAGCUGGCCCAGCAGCAUGGCGGCGCUCUGUCUCUGUCUCGCCCACCAACCAUGUUGUCUGAACAUCAGCUGAGCUUGUGGAAGCAUGGAGCCAGAAGGAGGGGACAUUCGGUGAGAGACUCAUCCAGCUGUAAGCGCCGGGAGGAGCAGGAGUGUUUCAGACUGGCCAACUGCAGGAGCUGCUCCCUCAACGCCAACUGUCAGUGGGAGCUGCAGCAGCAGGAGUGUCAAGCACUUCCUGGCCAGCUGUGCGGGGAGGGCUGGCACCAUGUCGGGGAGGCCUGCCUGAGGAUCAACUCCAGCAGUGAGAGCUAUGAUAACGCUCAGCACUACUGCAAAAACCUGGGAGGAAAUAUUGCUUCUUUGCUCACAGACAAACAAGUCAAUUUUGUUCUGGAAGAGCUACAGAAAUACCAGCUGCAAGACAAGACGUUAUCUCCCUGGGUCGGCCUGAGGAAGAUCAACGUGUCGUACUGGGGCUGGGAGGACGCGUCACCCUUCACCAACACCAGCCUGCGAUGGUUACCUGGAGAGCCCAGCGACUCAGGCUUCUGUGCCUACCUGGAGCGGACGCAGGUGGCCGGUCUGAAAGCCAACCCGUGCACGGCCACCACCGACGGCCUGAUCUGUGAAAAACCUGCUGGGAGUCCACAGAGUCAGAGUGCUCGUCCCUGCAGGACGCCCUGCUCUCUGCGCACCAGCUGUGCCAACUGCACCAGCCAGGCUAUGGAGUGCAUGUGGUGCAGCAGCACCCAGCGCUGCGUCGACUCCUCGGCCUAUGUCAUCUCCUUCCCCUACGGACAGUGUCUGGAGUGGCAGACCCAGGACUGUGCAGCCCAGAACUGUUCAGGUCUGAGGACAUGUGCCGAGUGUUUGGAGAGGACGGAGUGCGGUUGGUGUGGUGAUCCCAGUAACACCGGCAGGGGGGUUUGUAUGGAGGGGUCCUAUCGAGGCCCUCUGAAGCCUGCUGGCACCAGGGCUGGGCCCCGAGACCGAGACAGGCUACGAGACAGGGACAUGGUGCUGGAUCAGGGUCUCUGUUUAUCUGACAGAGGAUACAACUGGGCCUUCAUCGAAUGUCCUGCGUGUCAGUGUAAUGGCCAUAGCAGGUGUGUGAAUGGCAGCGUAUGUGAGCACUGUGGAAACCUGACAGCAGGGUUGCACUGCCAGAGCUGCAUGCCUGGUUACUAUGGCGACCCGACCAACGGAGGGAAGUGCAACGCGUGCAAGUGUAACAGCCACGCCAACGUGUGCCACGUCAACACAGGGAAGUGCUUCUGUACCACUAAGGGCAUCAAGGGAGACCAGUGUCAGCUAUGUGACUCAGAGAACCGUUACCUUGGCAACCCUCUCAGAGGAACAUGUUAUUACAACCUGUUGAUCGAUUACCAGUUUACCUUCAGUUUGCUUCAGGAAGACGACCGCCACUACACCAGCAUCAACUUCAUGGCCACACCUGAACAGGCCAACAAGAACCUCGACAUGUCCAUCAACGCCUCGAACAACUUCAACCUCAACAUCACAUGGUCUCUGAGCUCAACAGCCGGCACCAUCUCAGGUGAGGAGAUGCCCAUCAUAGCGAGGACCAACAUCAAGGAGCACCGGGACAGUUUCUCGUGUGAGAAGUUCAACUUCAGACUUCACCACAACAUCACCUUUUACGUCUACGUGUCCAACUUCAGCUGGCCGAUCAAGAUCCAGAUUGCCUUCUCUCAGCAUAACAGCAUCAUGGACCUGGUGCAGUUCUUCGUCACCUUCUUCAGCUGUUUCCUGUCUCUGCUGCUGGUCGCCGCCGUGGUUUGGAAAGUCAAACAGACCUGCUGGGCAUCACGACGCAGAGAGCAGCUGAUGAGAGAGCGACAGCAGAUGGCCAGUCGUCCCUUUGCUUCGGUUGCUGUGGCGCUGGAGGUGGGCGGCGACCAAGAGGAGCUGCUACAGGCAGUGCCGAAGCCCAUAGCCAUGGAGCCAUGUUGGGGAAGCCGAGCAGGUGUUCUGACGGUGCUGAUGUAUCUGCCCAGAGUCCCGUCUGGAAUCCCUCCACCAGGACAGUCUGGUAUUGCUAUAGCCAGCGCUCUGGUAGACACUUCACAACAGCGAGUGAUGGACUUCAAAGAAAGAGGCCUGGGUCUGAAGCAUCGCAAGCACAUUGUGCACCACCAAGGGACCUGUGUAUGAACUGGAUUACCUCAGCAAGGUAACAAGAUAGCCAUCGUGCCCCCGAGGGAUUUCCCUGGAGAUAAUUCUCACGGACUUAAGACAAAGGGACACCUUGUAAACAAAGGCAAAGCCUGCAAAAACUGGGGGUAUGAUGGUCAUAGAUAGUGGCUUGGGAGAGGAAAUGUGUCCACUGUCUCAUCAGCAGGCACCCAAAUUGCGAAAAAUGCCACUUGUGGUCCCUUUCCCCCCUGGAUAAGAUGGAAAACUUCUCUCUUUGUGUAUAUGUCGGUCCUGAUGACCCAGGAAAACAAGACCUGGAAACCUGCAGACUGACAGUGAAAAUGUGUUUCUCCACCACAGCUCUGGUCGGGCAUUUACUUUGAGUGCUGGCAGGCUUUUUCCACUUCCAUGCCAUGUGGCUCUGCAUCUCCAGGGCUCCACUUGUCUGUCAUGCAGUCUGCCAUAUUGACAGAGAAAAAACACUUGUUUUACACCAUUAAACCACACUAAAUGGCUUUGAGCUCCUGUGAAAGAUAUUGAGCUGAAACUAACUGAGCUGAAAUGAAGUCCUCCUGACUUACAGACCCACUCAGACUCGAGAGCAAUGCUGGACAGAACAACACAGACCUAACUAGAUCAAUGCAAAACACUGUAGCGGGUGGUCAUCUGUGACAAGGAUUUGCUUGAGGAGAACAUCUCCUCUGGGAAUUUUUAAGACUACUACUGUUGAUGUUGAGAAAGAAGAUUAUUGGAUGUAACUGUUGAGAUUUUGUCCUCUAUGAAACACAUGUAAUUCUUGAUUUUUCCCUGCACCAACAUUUGAAGUUAUUCGUUCUGAUAUCUGCUCAGGUCCUCUGUAAUGGAAAAGGGUCCAUUAUGUGUAGCUUUGGGCCUUAUACACAUCUGUAUAUGCACUAUAAGUAAAAUGCUUUACCAGUACAUUAGGACCCUCUGUGGGAUAAUAUUAUGCAACUGAUCAUCCAAAUGUAAUGUUUAUUCUGGGCUGUAAUGUAACCUCGAGGUCGGUAUCAUCAAACACAUACUACUGAUGGUAUACACAUGCCUAUCAAUUCAGUUAUAACUGUGAAGAUACACUAUACAUCUUUUCUCAUGACCUCAGUAAAGUCCAUGCCUGUUUACUUGUGACACAAACUUUUAUGUAACAUAUCUCCUUAUGUAAUAUUUAUUAAUUAUGCAAAUUACAGUCAAUAAUUUUACAAAUGCACUAAGAUUUUUUUUGUUAAACAGAAAAACUAAACGAUAGAUUUUACAAAGCAAGUCUGUGCAGUAUUCCCUUUUUUGCUUGUACCCUUGAUGUCUUUUAAUUUUCCAAAUAUUACUUAUGUUAUGCAUAUCAUAGCAAGUUUUCUCUGAUGUCAAAGUUUUUCCCUUUACGACUUGUGUUGAAACCUUCAUCAAACAUUGUAAAGUCACUUUUUAUCAACUGCACGUGAACAGAGUUACACCACCGCUUAAUCGUCUCCUGCUGCAGUAAUACAAUACAACACAUUCUCACUCCGACCUCGUCACAUAUUGACAUUUGGACUCUCCGCGUCUAUAUAUGACGUCCAAGGUACCCUGGGUGUGUUGGUUGUUCACGUUCUGGGACGCCGUGUCAACCUCAGCCUGUUACAUGCAUUGUCUUCCCUCAAAAUACACUUCCGUUUGCGUACAGGGUUCGGCUUUACAAUCCUACAGAAGUGAACACUGGCAUCCAGGGGGGUGAGAGUUGGUAGUUGUUGGACCCAUUCACCACCUCUCCUGCCCGCCCUACUUGGACUUCUGCUGCCUUAACUUUCACUGUUGUACCGCCGUGUUUCCUCCUGAUGCCGCCGAGUGGCAUUAAACUAUAACGGCAACCAGCUGCGUAUCAUGCUGGAUUUCGACGACUUUGGAGCGAGACCAAAUUGUACAAUACCAUUCGGCGUACAUGGAGAACAAAAUGUUGGACAAUAACAAGACAAGGAUAACAAUUGAAAGGACAGAAAGAGAAAACGACAUCUUCUGAGCAACAGCUGCAUUAGAAGAGAAGAAAUCACCAGUCAUAGUUAAAGGAAAUAGACAUCAUGUUGCUUUAGCAGGUAUUCUCCAGUCUUUGCAACAGAAAUAGAAGAUGGAUUUGGAUCAGGGAAUAAUAGCUGAACAUACUAUGGCAACCCAGUCACUCUGAAGUCAUCAAAGUCUGGCAGUUGGGCAGUGACUCUCGGCAUUAGACUCUGAUGCAAAAAGUCGUCUUUUAACACUAGCAUGAUACUGGUUUUGUCGCUGAUGUAGUUUGAUGGCAGCCAGUGGCAUCAGGGUGAAACCCGGCAUGACAAGUGUUAAGGUUACGAAAGUUUGAGCAGUCAACAAACGCUGACUUUUACCCGGGAGAGCAGUGUUCACGUUCCUCAAGAUGAUAAAGUGAAACCUUGUUCUUUUUUCUUAAACCCAACCAUGUGCUUUUGUUGUCGAAGGUAAAAUUACAUCAAUUUGUUGCGUUGUACCUACCGUUGUACCUUUAUUUUGAAAGAGUCUGUAUGGAAAUGGUAAAUGUCCUGUGAAAACAAAAGUGUAUUUUGAAAGAAGACAAUGCAUGUCCCUGAACGUCAACAACCAACACACCCAGGGUACCUUGGAUGUCCUAUGUCCAUGACAAAACGUUGAUAUGUGACGAGGUUGAAGUGAGAAUGUGUUGACUAUGGACGGACAAAUCACACUUUAAACCCAUUUAAUCUAUCAACUGAGUAGACUGCAGAGGGCCGAAUGUAAAAUGGACUAAUUCAGUAUUUAGAGCGAUUGAGGGGUUGCUUAUGCUUUUCUGGACUGGAAACCAAAUUCAAAAUCCAAGGACCAAUAGUAUUCUCCCUGCCAUUAAACUGUGGGGACAAAACGAUUUCAGAUGUCAACCACAUCACCAAAAAAUUGUGGCACUGUACGUUUCUGCAAACCACAGAUACAAUGCAUUUGCACAUUAUGUAGCAGAUGCAUUGAAAUUCUACCUUUCAACAACACUGUGGUUAAAACGUGGUUAGGUUUAGGGACAAAACCCACUUGGAAAAGAUGUUUUGGCUUCAAAUUCCUGGUUCUAGUGGCAUAGUCCUGUCAACAAAAGCAGAAACAUCUUAAAAACAACUUUUUUUUUGUUCCUGAAAAGCAUCCGGAAACACAGCAAAGACUUGUUAAAUCACAACCAGUUUUGUUUGUUGGUCUUGAACAGUAGUCUGCAGCUUGGCAGGCAUUUCCCCUAAGUGACACGCCAUCCAAACUUCACUUUGGAAACGUUGGCAUGACAAGUAUAAAAUCUGCAAAUGUAAAGUGUUUGUGGUUUGCAGGAACAUAAAAUGCCAACAUUUUAUUCUGAUGACUAGGCUGCAAAUGUUAGUAAUACAUCUGGUGUUUGAGUGAAUCUGUUUUUAUCUCUGUUAAAAUAUUUGUUAUUGAAGGAGAGAAGAAAACAGCAAUAUAACCACUGAUUCCAAACGCCUGAGCGGUGGUGUAGGUCUUCAUGCACAUGUACUGUCCAUAUAUUGAGCCUGAUUGUUUUCAGGCGUUUUGUCUUCAUGUAAUUUUGCACCAGUUUGUUGUUGAGACUUGUAUUAACAAAGGGCAGCUCACCACUGUUUUCGUCCAUAUGAGCAUAAAUCUGUACAUUUACAAUUAAAACAUUUUGAUGCCUUUUCGUAUGGUAAUUCGAUCG